UCAAAAAUCCUUGACGUUAUGUCUACUAUUUUACAAAAGUGACUCAAUCAUAGCUAACCAGCCAUGGACAAAAAUUUCUGUAGAACAUCCAGUUCUUUUCUGCUGCACUGUUGUGCUUUCGUUUUAAAGGAUAUAAGACAGGAAGAAUGGACGGUGCAUCUAUCCUUGCAAGGUCUUUGGUAGAUCAAGGUGUUGAGUACAUGUUUGGUAUUGUUGGUAUUCCAGUAAUUGAGGUUGCCAUCGCAGCACAGCAAGUGGGAAUAAAAUAUAUCGGAAUGAGAAAUGAGCAAGCUGCAAGUUAUGCAGCAUCGGCAAUUGGUUAUUUAACAAACAGACCUGCUGUUUGUUUGGUUGUAUCAGGUCCUGGAUUAAUACAUGCUUUAGCUGGAAUGGCGAAUGCAAAGGAGAAUUGUUGGCCUCUCCUUGUUGUUGGUGGAUCAGCUGACACAAGUCAGGAAGAAAUGGGUGCAUUUCAAGAAUUACCGCAAGUAGAAGCUGCUAGACCAUAUUGUAAAUUUUCUGCCAGACCAAGCUUAAUAGAAGAUUUGCCAUUUUAUGUUGAAAAGGCAAUGCGUUACAGUAUACAAGGCCGACCUGGUGUUUCGUACAUAGAUCUCCCUGGAGAGAUGAUCAGAAGUACGGUUAAAGAUGAUACUAAAAUAAAGUGGGUUUGCGCCACACCAGAUCCUGUCAGGAUGUGUGUACCGAAACAGAACAUUCACGAGGCUUUAAAUCUAUUAAGAGCAGCAAAGAGACCCCUAAUAAUAGUUGGAAAAGGCGCUGCACAUGCUAAUGCUGAACAUGUUUUAACAAGGUUUGUUGAGCAAACUGGUAUUCCGUUUCUGCCGACACCAAUGGGGAAGGGUGUUAUAUCGGAUUAUCAUCCACAGUGCGUUUCAGCUGCUAGGUCAAGGGCAUUGUUAAGAGCUGACGUCAUUUUACUAGUUAGUGCCAGAUUGAAUUGGAUGUUACAUUUCGGAUUACCACCUCGUUUCAAUCGGAAUGUACUAAUUAUACAGAUUGAUAUAUGUCCAGAAGAACUUGGCAACAAUGUACCUACAAGCGUGUCGUUGUGUGGUGGUGUCUGUGCAGUCAGUGAACAGUUAUUGCAAGAAUAUUCUGCACUCUACCCGUCGUGUGACGUUGAGAGUUUGUAUCAAAAAUGGUGGCAAGAACUGCGAGUAAAAAUUGACGAAAAUAAACAUAAAACAGAGAUGAUGGUGGAGAGCAGUUCGAUACCUAUGAAUUUUUAUAAAAUGUACAGAGAGCUCAAUAAAAAGCUUCCUGACGAUUGUAUAAUUGUAAACGAGGGUGCUAACACCAUGGAUAUUGGAAGAACCAUGUUGCUGAAUAAAUUUCCCAGACAUAGACUGGAUGCUGGUACGUUUGGCACAAUGGGGGUUGGAGCUGGUUUUGCGAUCGCUGCUGCAUUAGUAAACGGGAAAUCGGGAAAAAGAGUAGUUUGUAUCCAAGGUGAUAGCGCGUUUGGUUUUGGUGGUAUGGAACUAGAAACAGCUGCCCGUUACAAAUUACCGAUCAUAUUUGUGAUAGCAAACAAUAAUGGUAUAUACAACGGUCUGGAUAUAAACGCUUGGGAAGAAAUGUUAAAAAAUGCUGAACCCACCCAGUUACCCAUCCUUAUUCCGCCAGUAUCACUUAAUCCUAUAAAUGAUUACGAAAAGGUGAUGCAUGCAUUCGGUUGCCCUGGUUACAGUGUCACCACAGUUGAAGAGCUUCAUGACAGUUUUACGAAGGCCUUCCAAGAGACUGUUGGGCCUUCAUUAAUACAUAUACAUGUGGAAUCAACGUCACAAAGAAAGAGUCAGGAAUUCGACUGGUUAACUAAGUCAAAAUUAUAGUGUAAUAAAAAAAAUGUAAAUUUUUAAAUUAUGUAUUUGAAUUUUUAUUUUUUAUAUGUAUAAUUUACCUGAUUUCUUUCUCGCCACAUUUUUGUCGGCUUCAGAAUGUUUUCUCCCUUCGAGGGCCAUCGCAUAAUUUUUAGUCCUUAAUUUUUAGCCGUUUUUAGGUUUUUAAAUUUUUAAUUACUUCAUCGUUUCGAGAAAAAACAAGAAUCUGACACGGCUUUAAAAGUCUCAUCUUUGAUUGCG